AAUAGGAUUGGUGGCCAACAAGUAAGGUUCUAAUAAAAGCUAUCAAACCGAAUAAAAAUCUGCCAAGAACCGUCUUAACCAUGUGAUUAAUGUGACUCAGUUGAAUCCGUUGGCUUUGGUUAAAUAGAUUUCUCAGCUUUAAAAAAACUAUAUUUAUUCUAAAAAUAUUCAUCAUGAACAAAAUAAAUAUGUUUCAGCCUAUAACUAAUUAAACACAAUCAUAUCACAACUUUUAAAAUUCGCACAUCCUAAAACCAAAAUAUAAUGUAGCAUUGGAGAUGGUCUUACAUUGGUUUUAUGUUUUGUAAAAGUUAUAAGAAAAAAGUAAACAAUUUAUAGAUGAGUAAUCUACCACAUAAUUAUCACCACUCUCUUUGAACCGACAAAACCGUAGAUAGACCGAAAUUCCAAAACAUAUGUCUAAGAGUAUACCACAAAACCGUAGAGAAAGUUAAUAAGCUUUUAUCAAACAAAACAUAUCAUGUACACUUUUAAACCCAUGAGUCCAUGAUCAGAGCUGAAUAAUUCCAUUCCUUAGGGGAAUGCUAAAUUGCUAAUACGUUAAUCAAAUGCGAACCAGAUCGGUGGGUCAACUUCUCAAACCGAAAAGCCAAGUGAGCUUCUCGAGGAAAUUCUUUAUGAACAAGGUCAACACGUGAACCUCAAGCCACCUUCCACGUCAGUACACAUGUCAGACCAUUGAACAAGUCCUGUUUUGCUUCUCGAACAAGUUAUUUCGGUAAUUUACCCAUUCCGUCGUGUUCAUGUUCCUUUCCCAUCACACGAAGCGCUUUUAAUAUAUUAUUUUUGUUGUUUGAUUUUUUUUGGGUCAAAUGGUGAAAUAUUUUUGUAAAUCAUUUAUGUGAUUUGAUAGGAGGAAAGUCUUUGUUAAACUGUUGAUAUAUUCUCAGCUAAAAACCAAGAAAGUUCAGCUCAAUCUAUAUCAUGUGUUUUUCCAUUUCUAACUAGUUUAUCCACAAAACAAAACAAAAAAAAUAUUUUCUAUUCAUUGCAUUUUUCUAAGGUCAACUAUUCAUGACUUUUCUAAAUUGGUGCAAACGAUGUAUUCAAGAUUUUAAGAUCACGUUCAAUUAGUUUUUGUUCUAGAAUCCAAGUUCAGUUCCAAGUAUAUAUGCUUUGCUUAAUAGACAUGGAGAACAAUUAAUUUCAUUAAUGUACCAAUUUUUCAAGUUCAACUUCGAGUCUUGACCAAUAAACGAUAAUAUUUGGCAAUUAAUUUAGAGUUAUUUGAUACUAGUAGCUUGUAAUAUUAUAAAAGAAGAAAAAAUAAAUAAAAAUAGGAAAAUAAAAGUAGGAGACUGAAGAGGCUUUAAAAUAUCAAAACCAUGUAUAAAAGAGAGCAACGCUUCCUCUGUUUCUAUCAAACCUCUUCAGGACUCUUUUUUUUCCGUUUCAGUUUUUCUUUUUUCAAGAAAGAGAGAAACUCUGUGUGUUUGUAUUUAUUUGGAUCUAAUUGUUAAAAAAGAUGCAAGUUGUUUCUCCUUUAUCUCCGGCGACGAGAUUCGUCGGAGAAGAGAGCUUCGCCGAGCUUUACGGCAAACUAAACGAUGACUUCAGCUCGAAACUGAAGGUCGGUUUUACAAACGAGGAAGAAGAAAAGAACAGAGAUGACAACAAGUCUUGGUGGAAUCAAGAUGAUGAUGAUGAUGAGAGAGAAGAAGGAGAAGAAGAUGAAGAGUUCUCGUUCACGAGCUUAAACGCAGAUAACUCACCGAUAACCGCAGACGAAGCCUUCGAAGACGGUCAGAUCCGACCGGUUUAUCCUCUCUUUAACCGGAAUCUCCUCUUCGAACCGGAAGAGAGAGAUCUCCGCUCGCCUCUCAAGAAGCUCUUCGUGGAGAGCGAGGAAGCCACCACCACCGAGAGGGAGGAAGAGUCUGAGCCGAUGGGACCGUACUGCUCGUGGUCAGGCAGAACCGUGGUGGAGGAAGCUUCGCCGGAGACUUGUCGGAAAAGCAGUUCGACGGGGUUCUCGAAGCUGUGGAGGUUUAAAGAUCUCGUUUCGAGAAGCAACAGCGACGGAAAAGACGCGUUUGUGUUUCUGAAUCACGGCGACAAGAAGAAGCAGUCUUCUUCUAAGCCGGCGGCUAAAUUGAGCGGCGGCGUGAAGAGAACGGAGACGAAAACGACGAGAUCGGCACAUGAGAGGUUAUACAUGAGGAACAGAGCGAUCAGAGAAGAAGGGAAACGAAGAUCGUAUCUUCCUUACAAACAUGUCGGAUUCUUCACCAAUGUCAAUGGACUUACUAGAAAUGUUCAUCCUUACUGAUUCCAACUUCUUGUGCGUUUUAAAAAAAAAAAACACAAAUUACUUAAAAUGGUUUAAUUUCUUCCCGACAAAACUUUCCCUUUGUAUAUACUUUUUGUCUUAACUUUGCCUGUAUUAUAUAACCUUCUUCUUGAAUAUAGUAAAAGUUGCUUAUUAACUUUUCAGUUCACUUGUAUCAUUUGAAUAAAUGAUUAUUUGUUUUUU